AUGGUGGAUCCGGAGCCGCUGAUGGUGCCACCAUCAAUUUGGUCUUUGUCUCUUCAAUCUGCAACCCGUGAUUUUCUGCCGCCUGAUCGAUUCUUAGAUACGGUUCGGUGCGAGUUCCAGUUUACCGUAACGCCCCAGAACCGGCAGGUGUUUGAAGGUGAACCGGUCACAUUCGAGUGCCGGGCAUUGUUUGACGAUGAGAUCGAUUUUUCGUGGACGAGAAACGGUGUCCCUGUUCCGGUACACGAGCGCCUAAAUUUCGGCACACCGCAACGCAUUUACCAGAGCGGUUCGAAUCUCCAUAUCCGGGCAGUGAAUGGAACGCUGGACCAGGGCGACUACGUGUGUUUGGCAACGGCACGAGCAUCCGGUGCCCGUGUCGCAUCACCCACUGCUACGCUGGACGUUAUCGACGAAAAAACACAAAGCACCACACCGAUCUGCACACUGAUCUUCCGGAUACUGGAGAAAGGAAUUUCACCACCAGUCGUGCAGCUGCUCAAGCAUGAUCCGGAUCGUGGAAGCAUUUCGCUCAAAUGUCACUCGAGCCAGGAACCCGUCACCGAAGUCAUCGGCAGCGAUGGCAAACCAACGGAAGAGACUCACGUCGAAUGGUACAGGAAUGAGCAAAAGCUCACAAAAUCACCUCACAUCGAGCUGCAGCGCCGGAAGCUGCACAUAAAAAACGCAUCAGCGAAGGAUAAUGGCGUGUACAGCUGUUUGCUGGUGGUGGUGUCCCGCACGGAUGGUAGCCGCCGGAUUGCCCUUCGUAGUGCGAAAAACUAUCGGCUCAAGCUGAAACCGAAUUAUGGUGAAGGAAAAAUCGAUUGCACCAAGAACCACAAUUUGCUGCUGUGCCGUGGUAAGCGAGGCGAUCGUCAGCUCGGCUCAUUGUCAGCCGAAGGAUCCACCGAACAUUCGUUGCCGUUGGCCGAUGAAGCGAUGGUUCCGGCGCAGCUUCAAUUAGCCACCGAAAGGCAAUCGUUCGCUGGUGGUUCGGCACCAGUUCGCAUCGUACUGCAUCCGGUCACGACGGUUGUUAAUGAAAGCCAACCGGUAGUGUUUAACUGUGGCUUCCGGGUGACGGGUAACGAUAGUAGCGGAGGUGGAGGAGGGUUCGUUCUGCGCUGGCGGAAAGAUGGUAAAGUGAUUCGCCGUUGGGACAAUAUGGCGGAGAGUAUGGCACUGACAACGGACGAUUCGGUAACCAUGUCGGGAGCGACGGAGAGUAGCUCCAUGCUUCGGGAUGAUGCCCGCAUUCAUGUGGACCGUACGAAUGGUUCGCUCGUGUUUGGAUCGGUGGUCGCGAGCGACGAAGGAACGUACGACUGUCAGAUAACGAACAAUGCUAGCGACUUUCUGGUCAGCUCAACGGCAGCGGAAUUGCAAAUCAUUUCCAACCUUCGCUUCACUCCGAAACCACCGACGAGCAAAAAUCUGGAGCUUGGUUCGAUUGCUAAAAUCCACUGCAAAGCACAAGGCACACCAACGCCAACCGUACACUGGACGGUGGUUACUGAGAACGGUCCUUCCUCGUCCGGUUUGCCCGACUCGAUUGAAGACGUGAAUGGGACGCUAGUGUUCCGGAAUGUGUCCGCCGAACAUCGGGGAACGUAUGCCUGUGUCGCGUCCAACAGUCAGGGUGAGAUAAGGGCGAGCGUUACGGUGAAUGUGGUAAUUGCACCGAAGUUUGAGAUUGCACCUGAAGGAUCGGUACAAGUGGCCGAGCUUGGAUCGGUACAGUUCCAUUGCGUUGCUACCGGAGAUCCUAAGCCAACGAUCCAGUGGGAUAAGGAUCUUCAGUAUCUGCAUGGCCGGGCGGGCAGUGCGAACACUAGCGGUGAGGAGGAACGCUAUCGAAUUCUGGAGAAUGGAACACUCGUCCUGACGGAGGUACAUCUGGAGGAUGAUGGACGGUAUGGUUGCACCAUUGGCAAUAGUGCCGGUUUGAAGCGAGAGGAAGUUCAUCUCAUCGUUAAACGUAAGUGUUUUAUUGUGAAAAUACAAAAAAACUUUAAUUAA